CUGGGCCGUCUCCCGCUACGACCUCAGUCAACCCUGAUUAGUGAUUGGUUAAACUCUAUUUAUUUACAUAUCAUGUGAUUUGGGUGUGUGCAGGGCCCAUAAGAGUCUAAAUCGGGAAAUUUCCCAUUUCCAGGUGCCGCAAAUAACCGGCCUACACUGUAGUAAACCUGAGAUCCUGCUUCUGACUCGCCCACUAUAACUGCCAUGGCAUCUCCAGACGCUCCUUCGGGUGGACAUAUUCAGCCUAAUCCGUCCUCCCCCCCAAGGAAACCAGCCAAGUACUAUGCUGAGCAUAAACGCGAUGAACUUCAAGCUUAUGGAUUCGACGAACAAGUUCAUAAACUGAAACCUUUCCAGACUUUUAAGGAUGUCACCAACUUCUUAGGCGUUCCAGGAAUUCGAUCCCAGGGGGCCAGCGGAAAAUUCACCCUUAAAACUUUCAUUAUGGCGGCCAACACAAUGGCUCAAUCCAUACACCGUGAGCAUUUUGCGGACAUGCCCCUCUUGGUGUUCAAGUCUACAGAAAACAAAAUCCACCGUGGGCAUGUCACUGACACUGGUUGCAAGCCGGAUUAUACUGCCGCUUUCGAAAAGGAUUGGUUUCCCGAUGGUACCACACUCUGGCCAAACAUUCAAUUUGCUGGUGAGAAAGCAUCCGGAGGGAAGUCUAGGGACUCCCAAGAGAAGCAGGCCGUUUCAUACCUACACUACCUCCUCCUUGCGAGGCCUGACCUCUUUGUCGCACAAGGAGUACUUGCCUCCAAAAAGAAUGUCUUGUUUCUCUUUGGAAUCGGAGGUUAUGGCAUACGCAGUUUCGAACUCGGGUGGGACGACAAACUUCUUCCCCAUCUGAUGUACGACAUUAUCUAUCGACUUUACAAACCAGAUCAUUUUGCGGAUGCAAGGUAUACGAAGUGCCCCGCAGUGGACAAUUUUGUUCCAUAUACUGUGUGCCUCCCUGGGGAUAAGCCAGGGGAGACAAUAACGUGCCCCAACUUCACUCCCAUCUAUGCCAGCAAUCCCUUUCAGACCCGCACGCAUGUCCUCUCAAGCCCAGACUCUGAAGUCUUGGUUCAGGGCAAACUCUUAACGGUGCUUAAAGACCAAUUAUGCCGAGUCGGGACCAGAUCCGAUGAACACACGAUCCUCUCCAUCAUAGGGAAAAUGCCCGGCGUGGUCGAAAUGGUGUACCAUCAUGUGUUUGACCUUCCUCUGCCCCUUGGUGACACCCGAAGAAAGUAUUUCACAGGAUUGCGGCAAUUUGGGAAACCUUUCACGAGCAUCCCUACUCUGCGGCAGAUGUUGGAGACCGCAUAUGAUGUCCUGGAAGUGUUGCGGAAUUUGCGUUUCGAAUGCCAAAUCCUACAUCGCGACAUUAGCAAAGGGAAUGUUCUUUAUAUUGAUGAUAAGCCACCCCCGACGACAAUUGCCUGUAGUACUCCACAUGCCAACUUUAUUGGAGCAAGCGAGGUGGCUAUGGCCACUGCCACGGGCUCAUCCCUUUGCUUCAUUAAGUAUCUCCUCAAUGAGAGCUGUGAUCCCUGCGAAACAUCGGCACUGCUCAUUGAUUUCAACCAUGGUGAACAUCUUACACGCAAACAGAGUCAGCACAAGCGAACUGAACGAACGGGCACCCCUAUCUUCAUGGCCCGUGCCCUUCAACUGAGGAAACCAGUUCCACUUCGCAUUCCCUCAAUUCUCGCUGCGGUACCUGAUAGUCCUAAACCCUAUACUUUGGCCCACCCGGACCGUGUUGCGAAAUUCCCGUCCACACCGUUGAGAUUGCUCACUGACCACCCGGGUGGUCGUAACAACCGCGAAUGGAGGCAUGAACUCGAUCACGAUGCGGAGUCUGUCUGGUGGUUACUCCUUUACUGGACGGUGACCGCACAACCCAAAGGGGAGCCAGAUGAAUUUAUUGCUCACUCCACCUGGUCGAUUUUAACAGGAGAUCGUCGGGGUAGACUGAUUCGUGACCUGGCAAGUACACCCGGAGAGCCGGACGAGGGCACUGGGACCGAAAUCCACACCCUCUACUACAAACCACUGUUGCCUUUGCUUGGUAGGCUUGCCGAGAUUCUCGUCAUUGACAGAUAUUGGCUGGAGGACUCUGAAACACGAAAUGCACCACAAUAUGUUAGCGAGGCAUUUCAACGUUUGAUCCUCCAAUUUAUCCUUGACAACCGUGAGGCGGAUUUCAUGGUGCGCGAGGUUAAGGAGCGCCCCCGUCGAGUUGAAAAGGGCUCGCAAGAGCCAAGCCAUUCUGCCACAGCCAGCCAGAGGAGGAAUGCUGAGGUCAGUAGCAAGAUCAGUAGUAGACGCUCAUCCUCCCUUUCCUCAAUCCAGGAGGAGCACAUCACGCAGCCUGCCAAGGAGGUAACGGAGGUAUGCUAUUGA